GAGUCCAUGGUCGUAGGCUUGUCCACGGGCUGGAUUCCGGCCACGGUCGCGGAGGACUGGACGCCAGGCCAGGGGGGCGACGACCGGGUGCUAGUGAAGCUGUACGGCAACUUCGCCGACCCUUACCGCAAGGAAGAACAGCAGCCGGUGGUCGGAAUGUACUGGAAG